CGCCUGGAGAGAGAAGAAGAGCAAACAUGGCGGCCUCCAUGCUGGUGCAGAGGGCAGCAGCGUUAUGUGGGACUUUUAAAGGCAUUUCUCUGUCCAAAGCAGUUCUUCCAGUGGCCUGUCAUCAUGGCGUUAUGCUACAGACUAGAUGUUAUAACCCCAAACCGCUGAAGCUCAACCUGCGGGACCCCUACAUCCCCGACAAGGAGAACGAAAAGACCCCUGAGUGGCAGAAGACGGCUCGCUAUGACAGGAAGCUGUUCGGCCGCUACGGUUCAGCCUCCGGCAUCGAACCCGCGUCUCUGUGGCCUUCAGAGAAGGAGCUGCAGGAAAAGAUAGAGGAGGAGAAGGAGUGGAACCCUCCUUUAGAGGUGAUGCUGAAGAACAUAGAGGCCAAGGAGAAGGAGGAAGCAGAGAGGAGGCGCGCAAAAGAAAGACUCAUAGCGGCGAACAUGUCCAAGAUGCCCAAGAUGAUCGAAGACUGGCGGCGAGAAAAGCGCGAGACCAAACAGAAGCUGAAGGAGGAAAAGGCUCGAAAAGCGAAGCUGCUGGCCGAGGCGAGGGAGCGCUUCGGUUACAACGUGGACCCCCGCAGCCCCAAGUUCCUGGAGAUGGUGGCAGAGAUAGAGAAGGAGGAGAAGAAGAAGAGGAAACUGCUGAAGCGCAGGCUGAAGGAGGAGCAGGGAGCAGCUCCCCCUGCUGGCCAGUCAUAGUCAUGGACUCAGAUAUUGCUGAGCAACGCGGCGCCACGUUUCCACAGCAGAUGUUAAAAAAUUACAACAUGCAUAUAUGCAAUAAACUUUAAACAUUUGGUGCUGUUGCUCUAAUUGUAUUUAUUGUUCUGCAAACUGGACUUUAUGACCCUGAGGAUCAGACAGUAGGAGUUCUAUUAGCCGACAUCAGGCUGAAUUAAAUAACUCAGACUUUUCCAUUAACCCUGGAAAAUAAUUUUUUUCUUUGUUUUCAGAUAUUUUUACCAUAUUCUUCUUCUGACAGACGUUUGAAUUAAAUAAAUACUUCAAAAACCAACUGUUUGUUU